AGCUUCCGGGAUUCUACACCUGUAGUCUGGAGCACUGGAGAUCCCACAGGUCGCAGACAGGUGUGUCACCCCGGUCCGCCGCUCCUCUUCAGUCCUGCCGCUGCUGGUGAUGAGUCUACAAACUGGUUUUAGGACUGACGUAAAUCAGCAGAGACGAACAAAUACAGGCGGACACCUCUGCAGCGGGGUCCUGCGAGUAACAGGAAGAGAAGAUGACCGUCCAUAACUUGUACAUAUUUGACCGGAACGGAAACUGCCUGUAUUACAACGAGUGGAACCGCAAGAAGCAGGCGGGAAUCUCCACAGAUGAGGAGUUUAAGCUGAUGUAUGGAAUGCUGUUCUCCAUCCGCUCAUUUGUCAGUAAGAUGUCUCCACUGGACAUGAAGGAGGGCUUCCUGUCCUUUCAGACCAGCAAGUAUCGUCUUCAUUACUACGAGACUCCCAGUGGACUGAAGUUUGUCAUGAACACCGACCUGUCUGUGACUAACGCAAGAGACACACUGCAGAACAUAUACAGCAACUUGUAUGUGGAGUACAUAGUGAAGAACCCGGUGUGUGUGUUGGGUCACAGUUUGGACAGUGAACUGUUCAGCAGCCGACUGGACGCCUUCGUCAGAGCUCUGCCGUACUACAGCCCACGAGCCGCCUAACAUACACAGUACAUAAACACACACACACACACACACACACGGUGUUAUUGUAUUUAUUGUGAACAUGUAGCAGUCUGGUGUGUUUUUGCUUUGUAUCUUCAUCCCGACUCUGUGGAAUUAAACUGAUGCAGAAACGUAA